AUGACCCCAAAUCCCCACCAUGACCCCAAAUCCCCACCUGACCCCAAAUCUCCUCCUCCCCAGCAAUCGGGCUCGUCGGUGCCGUGCCAGCGCUCGUCCUCCUCCGCCAUCUACAUGAACCUCGCGUCGCACAUGCAGCCGGGCUCGGUGGCCCGCGUGUCGUCCCCGCUCCCCAGCCCCAGCGCGCUCUCGGACGCCGCCAACUCCCAGGCCGCGGCCAAGCUGGCGCUGCGCAAGCAGCUGGAGAAGACGCUGCUGGAGAUCCCUCCCCCGAAGCCGCCGGCGCCGCUGCUGCACUUCCUGCCCAGCGCCGCCAACAGCGAGUUCAUCUACAUGGUGGGGCUGGAGGAGGUGGUGCAGAGCGUCAUCGACAGCCAAGGGAAGAGCGCCCCGGCGGUGCCGCGCGUGGAGCCGUUCGUGUGCGCUCAGUGCCGCACCGACUUCACGCCGCACUGGAAGCAGGAGAAGGGCGGGCGCAUCCUGUGCGAGCAGUGCCAGACCUCCAACCAGAAGAAGGCGCUCAAGGCCGAGCACACGAAUCGCCUCAAGAACGCCUUCGUCAAGGCCCUGCAGCAGGAGCAGGAGAUCGAGCAGAGGCUGCAGCAGCAGGCUGCCCUGUCCCCCACGGCCGCGCCCGCCGUGCCCAGCGUGGGCAAACAGGACGGGAUCCUGCGGCACCACACGCUCCGGCAGGCCCCGCAGCCCCAGAGCAGCCUCCAGCGCGGCAUCCCCACCUCCGCCCGCUCCAUGCUCUCCAACUUCGCCCAGGCCCCGCAGCUCUCCGUGGCCGGGGGGCUCCUGGGAAUGCCAGGGGUGAACAUCGCGUACCUGAACGCCGGCAUCGGGGGCCACAAAGCGUCGAGCCUGGCGGACCGGCAGCGGGAAUACCUGCUGGAUAUGAUCCCGCCGCGCUCCAUAUCGCAGUCCAUCAGCGGGCAGAAAUAGCCCCGGAUCCCACAGCCCCACCGGGCCGGGCUGGGCCAAACCGGGCUGAACCAAACCGGGCUGAGCUGAACCAGGCCGGGCGCCGCCGCUCCCUCCCCGGGGACAACACAACAGAUCAGACCGAGAACCCCAGAGAAACAAAGAGCAAAAACAACACAAAAACAGCGACCCAGACCCAAGCAAACAUUUCAGAGGCGCCGGCCCCCGGUGCUCCCAGCCCGAAACGGCCUCGGUUCCCCGGCCGGAGCAGCCCCGGCCCCGCCGCUCGUUUUGUAACGCCGCCGCUUCCCCCUUGUGUUGUGGGUUUGUUUUUUGCCCCUUUUUUUCCUUAUUUUCGCCCCCCUCCCUUGGCUCCAUGGAUGGUUAAAGCUUUUUUCUCCCUUUUUCCAGAGACUUUGGCAAGGGCACCUUCCCCGUUUCCCCGGGGGGAGAUUUUGGGGGGCGGCCUGUGCUGGUUUGGGGGGGAUGCUCUGAUCCCAUUGAGGAGGGGGACAAAUCCCUGUUGGAUGUGAUCCCAGGGGUGUCACCUCCCCAUGUCCCCGAUCCCAGGGGUGUCACCUCCCCCUGGCCCCACCCAGGGGUGUCACCUCCCCUGGCCCCACCCAGGGGUGUCACCUCCCCUGGCCCCACCCAGGGGUGUCACCUCCCCCUGUCCCCGAUCCCAGGGGUGUCACCUCCCCUGUCCCCACCCUGGGGUGUCACCUCCCCCUGUCCCCACCCAGGGGUGUCACUCCCCAGAACACCCCAGCCCCAAUCCCUCGGCUCCAGCCCCGAUCCCGAUGUCCCCAGGGGUGACAGCGCUGCCAGAGCCACCCCUGGACCCCCUUGGGGGUCCCUCAAUGUCCCCUCGAGGUGACCCAACCCCCCCCCCCCGGGGGUGUCCCCUCUGUCCCCACGUUGGGGACGCGGCGGCUCCGGAGCGGACGGCGCUGCCAGGGCGGGUGAGUGACCCCACAUCUGUCCCCACGUCUGUCCCCACGUCUGUCCCCACAUCUGUCCCCACAUCUGUCCCCACGUCUGUCCCCACGUCUGUCCCCACAUCUGUCCCCAAGCCCUGCAGGCUCCAGAGCCGCUCUCACCCCUCCCUGGCCCCUCUGGCACCCGGGGGUGGCACCGGGGUCACCAAUGGCACCUGUGCCACCAGUGUGUCCCCCCAGGGACAGCGAGGGGGACCCUGAGUGCCACCCUGGGGUCCCUCUGUGCCACCCUGGGGUCCCCGAGUGCCACCCUGGGGUCCCCGUGUGCCACCCUAGGAUCCCUGAGUGCCACCCUGGGGUCCCCGAGUGCCACCCUGGGGUCCCUGUGUGCCACCCUGGGGUCCCUCUGUGCCACCCUGGGGUCUCUCUGUGCCACCCUGGGGUCUCUGAGUGCCACCCUGGGGUCCCUCAGUGCCACCCUGGGGUCCCUGAGUGCCACCCUGGGGUCUCUGAGUGCCACCCUGGGGUCCCCCUGGGCUCCCUGAGUGCCACCCUGGGGUCCCUGAGUGCCACCCUGGGGUCCCUCUGUGCCACCCUAGGGUCCCCCUGUGCCACCCUGGGGUCCCUGAGUGUCACCCUGGGGUCCCUCUGUGCCCCCCUUGGGUCCCUGAGUGCCACCCUGGGGUCCCUCUGUGCCCCCCUUGGGUCCCUGAGUGCCACCCUGGGGUCCCUCUGUGCCACCCUUGGGUCCCUGAGUGCCACCCUGGGGUCCCUCUGUGCCCCCCUUGGGUCCCUGAGUGUCACCCUGGGAUCCCUCUGUGCCACCCUGGGGUCCCUGAGUGUCACCCUGGGAUCCCUCUGUGCCACCCUGGGGUCCCCCUGUGCCACCCUGGGGUCCCUGUGUGCCACCCUGGGGUCCCUGAGUGCCACCCUGGGGUCUCUCUGUGCCACCCUGGGGGUGACAGGGGUGGCACCCAUGGUGGGGAGGGGUCUCUGAUGUGCCCUCUGUCCCCAGGGGGUGGCACUGGGGGUCACCAUUGUCACCUGAGUGCCACCCUGGGGUCCCUGUGUGCCACCCUAGGGUCCCUCUGUGUCACCCUGGGGUCUCUCUGUGUCACCCUGGGGUCUCUUUGUGCCACCCUGGGGGUGACAGGGGUGGCCCCCAUGGUGGGGAGGGGUCUCUGAUGUGCCCUGUGGCAAUGGGGGUCACCAUUGUCACCUGAGUGCCACCCUAGGGUCCCUGAGUGCCACCCUGGGAUCCCUCUGUGCCAC